AUGGAUCGCGAUGGCCCUUAUCGGCGUCGGCUGGACGAUAGCCAGUUUUCCAACGAGGUGUCCAAGUUUGUUCAACAGGCCCUGGCCCGCACGAGGCAGUCUUCCUCGACCUCUGCGCAACAUGGCCUCGCCCGUAAUCCUGCUUUGAGCUUGGACCCCAUUAGUGCCACACCCGCCCCCUCGCAACGGAUUCGCUCAGCGCCCAUGAACCGGGUUCAAAGUGCCCAUCUUGUGAGCCCAUCUAGCCCUGCCACCUUCUCGCUCAACUCGGUCCUCGAAGCCGGCAACCCGCCGCUUUCUCGGCCAGAGCGACCCCGACCCGGCGAUCAUGGAUACCUGUACAAACCCGAUCUUCUCGCCGCACCCGCCACGCCCCGCCAGGGUGAGCGACGAGCUGGAUCUGCGCGCCACUCCCGGGCUGCAUCUGCGCGCCCCGAUAGCCAAGCUUCGCGUCGCAUCGCCUCAGCUAGCAUCAAUCGAGAUGGCUCGGCCACCACGCAUGGGCGCAGCCACCAUCAUGGCAGCGAGGCGCUUGCACAGGCACCAUCGCCGUUCUCAUCCUCACAUAACCGGGCCCGGAGUGCCAAGUCUACCAAUGGGCACUUUGAGGACGUGACGAGCCCGGAGGAGCGCCACCGCGCCGAGCGACUGUCCUCUGUCAUCACAAUCCAUGUGAUUGAUAGCAGUCACCGUCGCCGUCGUGACUUUUUCUGCUCCUAUCGGCCCCUCGUGAAGAAAAUGGGCUUUUUUCGCAAUUACCUUCACAGCCAAGACGACGCGCGAUCGGUGGACAUCUCUGUUCACUGCGAUCUCACAAUCUUUGAGUGGCUGCUUCGCUAUGUCAAGGCUACCUGGCUCAAGCAGCUACACGAGACCUCAGAGAGCAAACUAGAUGCAGCAGAUCGUGAAUUUUUGGCGGUGGAAGAUGACGCAGACACAGCCCUCAUGCCCCAACUUUCCGUUUACAACUCGGCGUCCAUUCUCAUCAGUUCUGACUAUUUAAAAAUGAGCAGUCUCGUCAACGAAACUCUUACGUAUGAUGGCUGCCUGUGCACUGUCCUUGUCAAAAGGCACGCGUUGCUCACGUGCCGGUUGACCGCACGGCUGCCCUAUAGUUUUAUCUAUGAACACAUCAACGACGUAAUUGCCAGCCCUACCAGCCUCUCUGCCAUUGACCCAGAACUCAUCAAACAGCUAUCCGACAUGUUGACCCACGAUGACCUCCAGGCUAUCAAGGAUCCCAAAGACAAACUGCUCAGCAAGCUGUGUUGGCGCAAGAUUGAGCUCAUGUUGCAGCCGGGACAACCGGUGACACAGCUUUUCCGAUGCCGAGCCUGUCAGCGUCUACUCCUACCCUGGGCAGCCCGUGAGAGCUUGUGUGACCAUUCCCGCAUGCGCAUGGAUGCUCAAGGCCGCCUUCGCUGUCACCACGAGCGAGAUACCGAGUGGGACCUCAACGAAUACCUGGUAGAGCUGCGCAUUCAAGGUUUAUCCGCCAAAGAUGUAUAUUGGAGACUACGGUGUCUCUCGCGAGCUUACCACUGUCGCUUGUGUCACAUGAACUUCCUGCCUGCUGAGGUGGACACGUGCCUCUAUCAUUCGGAGCCGGCUCGCUUUGAGCCCGCCCCUGCGCUUCCCGCUAGUGCUGUUGCAAUUUCCCCAGAGUCACUGGGGGCGCAUGCUCAGGGCGUUUUCCCUUGUUGUGGAGCAACUGUGUUGCGGACUUUCAGCUCCAAUUUUGGCCUGUCAAGCCGACGCGUCAUGCCCUGUCCUCGACUGCCCUACUCUUCAACUAGGCUACACAUGGUCAACGUGUUUGGUAUUGAAGAGUCACACAUGGGUGUCGGUUCAACCGCCGCUGUGGCACUGGAGGAGUUUCAAGAGGAAGACGAAGAUUCAGAAGAAACACCUGUAGCGCCCCGCGUUGUCGUGCGUUCAAGUAACACCGCCGCACAAACUGCAGAUGUGGCCCAUGCUCGCUUGGGUGACCUUGCGCGUGAAGUUGGUCAACUUAUUUCACUUUUGGGACGACGCAUGGCGGGCUUGGAACGUGCCGUGUCUUGCUUCGGGGCCGACGAGAGUUCCAAGCUCAAUAUUCAGUUGCUCAGGCACCAAGAUCGCGGUGACAUGACUGCGUUACGGGCUCAGCUUCGUGCUGCACGACGGCCCCAAACCCUCACGCCAGCGCCACCGCGACGAACUGGCAACUUUAUCGAUCCGAAUGACAAGAGCACCAAGGUUUUUGCAAGAAUGCUGCAACGCAUUCAGCGGAUUGAGCGCGAAGCAGCCACCCCAACGGCCGCCCAUCCCCAGCGUGCCUUUUCAACUGCCGGUCGUCAAAACGCCCUUAAGCGCUUCAAACUCUAG